AUGGCUUGGGUGGCUACAACUUACAGCGCCGUCGGCCUCCCCAGACUCCGCCCCUAUUUUCUCCGUUUCCACCAUCAAUCUCCUCUUUUCUUGAAUUUCUCUCUCCAAUCGCGGAAAAAGACUCGCAGGCUUCACAGAAUUUUCUGCCACAGCAAACCCAGUUCAGUUGACUCCAGUACAACGGAGGAAAAGGUGUUAGUAGAUCCUGAAUCUGAAAAUGACGGUGACACAGCUAACUCCAGUAAAGAAACAGCUACUUCAUCAGUAGGUGCUGGAUUUCCGGAGUAUCCGGACAAGAAAUUGAAUACGCAGAUAGCUGUGGUUUCUGUACUUGCAGCAUUCGGACUUUUCUUGUCAGCUCGGUUGGACUUUGGUGUGUCUUUGAAGGACCUCUCUGUUGCUGCAUUACCAUAUGAAGAGGCUCUUUCUAAUGGGAAGCCUACUGUUGUGGAGUUCUAUGCAGAUUGGUGUGAAGUAUGUCGAGAAUUAGCUCCUGAUGUCUACAAGGUGGAGCAGAAGUACAAGGACCGAGUUAAUUUUGUUAUGCUGAACGUUGAUAACACAAAGUGGGAACAAGAACUUGACGAGUUUGGUGUUGAGGGUAUCCCCCAUUUUGCAUUCCUGGACAAAAAUGGGAAUGAAGAGGGCAAUGUUGUGGGUCGCCUCCCUAGGCAAUACUUUCUUGAGAAUGUUGAGGCCCUUGCUCGGGGAGAAAUGACUGUACCUCAUGCUCGUGUUGUGGGACAAUAUUCAAGUGCAGAAGCACGGAAAGCGCAUCAAGUUGUUGAUCCAAGAAGUCAUGGAUAG